UGUAUGUAAAUUGUGUUUAAUUUUUAGUUUCUUUUUCUCUAUAUUCUCAACUCCCCACAAAUAAAAAGAUAGUUAUAUAUAAACUCUACCCAAACCAUAAACUGAUUUAUUUUCUUUCUUAAAUUCUUUCUUUCUCUUUUACCUCAUGUUCUCUGCCUUGGUGCUUUCUGUGAAAACAUCAGUUUACAUGAGACAAGGCCAGUACCCUUCCCGGUUCCUGUGUACAGUCCCUGAAACUGUGCCGAACACCUAGGCCUCUCUCUACACUGAUAUUCUCAGGUCACCAUGAGGAUCUCUGGACAUCUGGGAACACAUGGUUGGGGCCUGGUUUGGUGUGGCAGUUGUCGGAGAACAUUUGGGGUCUGUUGCUGUGGCAAUGGAGAGGACUCAAAGCAAGGACAAGUUGAAGUGGCAGCAGAACACUCAAGAGAUACCCUGGAAUCUGAGAAACCAGAGCCCCAGACAGGGAGCAUCCAGAUGCUGGGACUGCCACAUCGCUGAAGGGUGUUUCUGCCUUCCGUGGAAAAAAAUGCACAUUUUUAAAGCAAGACAAGAUUCCCCAAAGCAAAAUGAAGAAACAUCAUCUUCUCCCUUCCAGGAGGAGAAUGUUGACCAGAGCUCCAUGGAGGAUCUGUGCUACACCCUCAUUGAUCACAGCACCCCUGGGAGAAGGCCAAUAGGCACCCCUGCUGAGGAGUGCUAUGAGAACGUUUCCCUCAAGACCGAGAGGCCCAGAGAGUCAUUGGGAGGAACGGAGACUGAGUACUCACUUAUUCGUGUGUCUUCUACUCCUGGCCAUCCAUCCUCCUCAGAAAAUGAAUAUGAACUUCUCAUGCCCAGCAGAAUCUUCUCUCACUCCCUGCAACAGCCACAUCCACUUAAACACCCUUCUCAGGCUCAGUUUUCCCGUUUAAAAUAAAUGGUUGCACCAGCACUUACCAGCAAAUAAAAGCCAGAGGUAGAACUCUGGUUGAAACAGGCAUGGGACACAAAGACCUGCCAGCUUAUCUCCCUGCAAACAUACACACAACAGCCCUUUCUACAGGGGUCCGUGGAACGUGGUUUACAAGGGCCUUUUCGAUUCUCCUCAUUGUCCAACAUGCAAUGUCCAACUAUCAUGAAAAGCCACUCUUUGAGAAGUGACCAUCUCUGGUUCAGUGACUCUGCUCAGUGGUGAGAGGGACUCCCUGGUCCCCUGCUCCUCUGUUCAGUUUCUUCUUCUAAAAUGUCUACAUGAUUGUCUUCUGAAGUCACAAGGCAGCUUCACCAAUCAUACUAUGUGUACCCAAAAGGGGGGUACUCAUUUCAUGCAUUUGUGGGCCCAGCUCCUCACUCACAGACUUUGGGUGGGUGCCUGUGGUGCUCCUCUCACUCUAUGCCUCUAAGCAAUGUCUUUUGCAUAGCAUCCUAAGACUCGUUGGCCCUGGUGGCUUGGUUGGUUAUGUGGGUUAAAUUAGUAAAUUCCAGGCCAGGUUUUUAUAAAAUUACUUAAUAUAAUUUUAAUCCAUAUUUUUAUAACUUUAUAUUUUUCCCUAGAAAUAUUAGGAAAAUCAUAGCAUCAGAGAAAGAGAGUAGAGAGAUUGUUGGAGCUCCUUCAAUCCCACUAUCUUCUAUAAGCUCAGAGAGGAAAACUAGCUCAAUGUAAUGCAAGUGAGUGGCAAAAUUUUAUCUAGAGACUGAUUUCCUGACUUCCAGUUCAGUGCUCUUCCAAUGUACUACAUAGAAGAGCCUCUACUAUGUUGUAUAUGUGUGUGCUAAAUAAUAUGUCAUGUAUAAACUAUGAAUAAAGUGUCCACAUGGGAAAAUCUCUCUCUCUCUCUCUCUCUCUCUCACACACACACACACACACACACACACACACACACACACACUCCUCUAAUGGGCACUUCUCCCUAUGUCCUUAUUUAUUUUCCUUCAUCUUCUUUUUUAGUGCUCCUAGAAUCGUCUAUUCCCUAAAACAGGAGUCAGUACACGAUGGCCUGUUUUGGUAAAUAAAAUGUCUCAUUG